AUGAAUCUUGGGAAGGAAAAUCAUGACAGUAAAGAUGCUGAGCAAUUGAAAAUGGUGUUAGAGACUAAAGAAAUUUGUUUACAGAAACUAAACAAUGAAAACGUUAUUUUAAGAAGAGAAAAUAAGCGACUGAAGAACGAAAAGACAACAUUAGAAAAAGAAAAGGCAACAUCAGAAAAAGAAAAGGCAACAUUUGAAACUAAAAAGGUUGACACAGUAUCAUUAGUAUGGAGUAAAGCUCAAAGUCCCUUAAAUGAAGCAAGCUGGUCAUCCGAGAAACAGAAAGAGUUCGACAGUUUAAAAAUUCAACUUGACAAACUGGAGAAUUACAACGAAGUCGUAUUAAAGGCCAAAAAUGACCAAAAAAAAGACAACAGUAAGCUACGAGAAAGAAUACAACAUAUACAAAGGGACUUCGAGAAGAAAGCAAAUGCAUUUGAUCGAUUAUCAGGUGAAAUGCAGGAAACGAAAGAAGAAAUUGGUCAUUUGUUAAAAGAAAACAAACGAGUACUGCAUAUAUAUGAAAAGUUAAAGGAGAAACAAAGGAACGAAAUGGUAAUAGAGGAACACAUUUGUAAACUGAAAAAUGAAAUACAAGAUAAAGAAGAGAAAGUAAAAGAUCUAUCUCUAAAACUGGAAGAAAGAACAACGGAUACAAAAAAACUAAACGAUUUGCUGCAAUCAAAUAAACAAGAAAGAGUGAAAGAGAAGAAAAUGUAUUUGGAGGAAAUUUUUACGUUGAAUAAAGGAUUAGAAAAUUUGAGAGUGGAAAUUAAGCAAAAAGAGUCAACUCGAAACCGGUGA